CACGACAUCGAGCACUGAAGACGGCACGAUGGGUCGCUCACCUGCCCCGCCUCCACAAAUAACUGGCAUCGUUCCAAAAAAGACUGAUGGUCCAUCGAGUACCUACUUUACCGGCGCCUCUUUCCAGCUGCAUCCUAGCGAACCACCACCAGUCACAGAAAACAAAGAUCCUCGAUACCAGGAUGGUGCUCAGCUUCUCAUCAACUUUGAAGAUCGCCUCAGGACAGCCAUUGACCGUCGACAGCCACUCUCAUCGGACUCUCUUUCAAUGUCUCUUGGCGAGCGACUCCCUUGCAGCAUGCGAAAACUCGCGCACGUAUGGACCGUGCAUGUCCCUGCCAUCUCAGAAGCCAUACUCGCCGCAAAAAUCUUCGACCCAGCUUAUUUCAGCGACGAGCACAGUGCAUACACCGACCCGUUCGCUCUCCUCAACAUAUCCGUCUCGCAGGAAGUCGAAGCCUACCGUCGUCUCCAAGACACCAACGUACCGCAAUUCCAUGGCCAUUUCUUGAUGCCCAUACCCUCGCAAGGCGAUAGAACCGUGCACGUCCUGUUGAUGGAACACAUCGACGGCAAAGAUCUCCGAAUCCUCGCCCCUGUUCCUAAAGCCAAAGACGUCUGCGCCGCUCACAAACUAGCCAUCAUCAACAUGGCCCUCAACUUGAACCUGGACGCUUUCGUACGUGGAGUGUAUCCUCAGGACUUUCAGCCUAGGAACGUCAUCUUGCGGAGACCUCGACACUGCGUGGAGUUUUGCGACAAGGAGGACUGUCCGGUCCGCUCAGAGGUGGACCUGGACGACGUUCGUGGAGUGCUGGUCGAUUUGGAAAAGGUUGGGCUGGGAGAUCCGAUGAAGAAACUCAGAAAUCUGGGUUAUAGGACAAAGGUCAUUAAUAAGCAGCGGCGGAGGUACCUCAAGCGUUGGUUGGAGAAUGAAAUCCGGCACUGGGGGCAAUAAUCUGACUGUGAGUACCUCGCCGUCAUCUGUCAG